AUCAACGUAUUGCCCUUCUUACGCUAUCGCAUCGACAUUGUCCUUCAGUUCCCUGACUUCCACGUACUAUGUGUCUAAAAUAUGUAUACAUAUGUACAUAUGAAUAUAGUUCGAAAUAAGUAUUUAGCGACUUUUAAGUUCUUUGUUAUUUAUUAAAGGAUGGAAACAGUGCGAUCUUGUGGUUGCAAGGGAAUAAGAUCUUGUCUUCUCUGCGAAAUUGAACAUAAGAUUGUGAAACCCAAUCUUAAGACUCAUUUUGAGGUUAUAUCCCAAAAUUAUGUAUAUUGUCCAAACUGUGACAAAUCAUGGCCUGGUUGGGAUGCUGAUCUUUACAAAAAUCAUCCGUAUCAUCGAGGAACUGCCAUAGAAUUUCCUGGUGUAUAUAUAAAGCUAGAUUUUCUAAAUCCUUGGGAAAUUAAUUCAUUGAAGAACGCGCUUGAAAAAAUACCUUGGGAAGUUUCUCAGAGUGGAAGACGGAAACAGAAUUUCGGCCCAAAAUGCAACUUCAAGAAAAGAAAGCUUCAGUUGGGUUCUUUUGAUGGUUUUCCAAAGUCUACUCAAUUUGUGCAACAAAAAUUUUGUCAAGUACCCAUGCUUAAUAAUUUCCAAACGGUAGAACAAUGUACUUUAGAGUAUGAUCCACUACGAGGAGCUUCGAUAGAUCCACAUAUCGAUGACUGCUGGAUUUGGGGUGAAAGAAUAGUUACUGUGAAUGUCAUGGGCAACUCAGUUUUAACAAUGAGUCCUUACCAUGGUCCAGAUACGAAAUAUAAUUUAGAAAGCGUUGCAGAGUAUUCCACUAUACUCGAAGGCUUCGAAUUUGAUACAAAUGAUAAAAAUGAAAGUAGUAAAGAUAUCGUUGUAAGGCUCCCAAUGCCAGAGGGAUCGCUUAUGAUUCUUUACGAUAGUGCAAGGUACAAAUGGGAACAUUGUGUUUUAAGAGAAGACAUAACUUCUAAGCGAAUUUGUUUGGCUUAUCGCGAAUUAACUCCUCCAUAUUUAUGCACCUCAAGAAAUAAUGAAAUAGUCAAAGAACUCUUAAAGAGAGCUUCGGUCUUUCAAUGAAGUGUGAUUAAGGUUUGAAAAUAAUUUAUUCCAACAAAGUAUGUAAUAUAAAAUUUGUACGAAAUAUUUGUACGUUUCAUUAUAUAUUAUGAAAAUAUAUUAAAUCCUUCUAUAUAUAUAUA